CUGGGCAAAAUGGCAUCCAAGUCUUUCUCAGAAGAGGAUUUUUCCUGCCCUGUGUGCCAUGACAUAUACAAGGAUCCUGUUAUCCUGACAUGUAGUCACAGUGUGUGUAGCAUCUGUCUGCAGCGGUUCUGGGAAACUAAAGAGUCUAGGGAAUGUCCUGUGUGUAGAAGGAGGAACUCUAUGGGACUUUGUCCUCCAAAUCUGGCUUUAAAGGACCUGUGUGAGAUAUUUUUAAAACGGCAAAGGGGGUCUGAAGUUAUCUGCAGUCUACACUGUGAACAGCUCAAGCUUUUCUGUCUAGAGGAUAAGGAGCCGGUGUGUAUGGUCUGCCAGACCUCAAAAAUACAUCAAACUCACAACUUAAGCCCAAUUGAUGAAGCAGCACAGGAACAUAAGGCGGAAAUCCGGAUCAAAUUGAAACAACUGGAGAAAAAAUGUAAGGACUUUAAGGAAAAUAAACUGCUUUGGAAUAAAAUCACAGAGUACAUAAAGGUCCAGGCCCAACACACAGAGAGGCAGAUCAAGCAGGAGUUUGAAAUGCUGCACCAGUUUCUACGAGAUGAAGAGGCAGCCAGGAUAGCUGUACUGAGGAAGGAAGAGGAGCGGAGGAGUCAUAUGAUGAAGGAGAAGAUUGAGAAAAUAACCAGAGAGAUCUCAUCUCUUACAGACACAGUCAGAGCCAUAGAGAAGGAUAUGGAAGCUGAUGACAUCACAUUCUUGCAUAACUACAGGAGCACAGUGGAAAGAGUCCAGUGCACACAUUCGGAUCCAGAGAGGGUUUCAGGAGGUCUAAUCGAUGUGGCAAAGCACCUGGGCAACCUGAAGUUCAGAGUCUGGGAGAAGAUGCAGGACAUUGUUCAGUAUUGUCCUGUGACCCUGGACCCCAACACUGCAAACCCAGGACUACUCUUGUCUGAGGAUCUGACAUGUUUGACUGCUACUGGUGAGAUGCAACAGCUUCCUGAUAAUCCAGAGAGAUUCGAUCUCCUCAGUGUCCUGGGCUCUGAGGGCUUUAACUCAGGGACUCACUGCUGGGAUGUGGAGGUUGGAGGCAGUGAUAACUGGGCCCUGGGUGUGAUGGCAGAGUCUGGCCAGAGGAAGGGAGACCUGUCAGACAGCAGUGGAGUCUGGCGUGUGAGAUGCAUUAAAGGAAAAUAUGUGGCAUUCUCUCCAUCUCAGCCAGAUACUCUUAUCAGAUUAAACCCGAAACCCCAGAGGAUCAGAGUGCAGCUGGACUGGGACAGAGGAAAGCUCUCGUUUUUUGACCCAUAUAAUAACACUCACAUACACACUAUCACACAUAUUUUUACUGAAAGAAUCUUCCCAUACUUUUUCACUCUCUCUUCUCUGAGGAUAUUAUCGUGGGUGCAGUGUCCCAUGAAGUGUGUCCUUUGAUGACAUACAUGUCAGUGUCUUUCAUCUGAAUUUGUGGAGUUUAUGAUAUUGUAAUGAAGGUUUAAGCUGCCCCCCACCCCCUUGAGCAAUCUUCAACAAUACUUGUGAUGGCAUAUCACAUUUAUUUUGAUUGUCAUAUAGUUGUUGUCAAAGUUUUUAUUUUUUUAUUUUUUUUUAAAUUCUUUUUUCCCGUCAUUUUUCGUCAACGAUUCCCGGGACACCGCAACACCGGAGCGCAUGAAACUUGGUGGGCAUGUAGCCCCAAGAGACUUCUAUGGAAAAUGUUCGUCCCCGGGGGUCACUCCACCCCCGCGCUGCCCCCGCCCGAAGCCCAAAAAUGACAGUUUUUCCUAUAUAACUACCUGAACCGUGGCACCGAGGAUGACAAAAUGUUUAUGGUAUGU